AUGCUCUCCGUCUUGGGCCCAAGCUUCGUGGAUUCCAAGAAACACAAGGGCGCCUGCUCCAGCGUCGGCAAGUUUAGAAAGACGAAGAAGGUUAUGGGUUACUACCCCGUUUACAACUUCGAAAUUCAAUCGCCGAAGCAAGUCGAUUAUUCUCUUUACACGGACGUGCUCUUUUUCGUGGCUGUGCCUGAAACCAACCACACCUUCAGUUACGGUGAUAAGCUUACCCCGCAGCAUGCAGAAGAGCUGGCAGUCGAGUUCGUUCAUCUAGCGAAGAAAAACAAUGUGAACCCACUCAUUUCUUAUGGUGGCUGGGCCGGCUCAAGACACUUUUCCGAACUGUCUUCGACAGCUGAUCGCAGGACUGUCUUCGCGAAGACGAUGGUCCAAUAUGCGAAAAAGCUUGGGUUUGUUGGCUUGGACCUCGACUGGGAAUAUCCCAACGGUGAGGGAAUCGGUUGUAAUUCUCGCUCGCCUCAAGACACUGUGAACUUUGGCCUGCUCAUCAAGGAAAUCAGACGUAUAUGGCCACAAGCACAGCUCACUGCAGCACUCGGUCUUUCCGGGCUCGUCGGCUCCGAUGGAAACCCUGCCAGCUCGUCCGAGACUGCUGAGAUUGCUCACAACUUGGAUUUCGUUAAUCUGAUGGCCUAUGAUGUAUUUGGAGCCUGGGCCCAAUACACCGGCCCGUUGGCUCCGCUUGAUGGCAGCUGCGCGCCCGCCGGAUUGACACAGUCUGUUCAAACCGGUGUCGAGGUGAUGGUCAAGCAAGGCUUCAAAGCCGAACAAGUCGUUUUGGGUCUGCCCGCCUAUGCUAAGCGUCUGCAGCUAGUCUCACCGCAGCUGACGCCGAUGACUGUCAAUGGCCACAAGACAUUGAUUUAUCAGAAACAUACCGAAGUCACCCCGCCCGGUGGUAUCGCCGACGAUAAGCCAGGAAAGGAUGUCUGUGGGAAAGAGCAGAACUGGGGAGGCUCUUUCCUCACCACCGAACUGAUCUCCAACGGAUGGUUGUCCUCCGAUCACAAAACUGGUCUCAAUGGCUACAAACGUCAUUUCGACGAGUGCAGCGGAACUCCUUUCCUCACAAACGGGACGUAUUUCAUCACAUAUGAGGACCACAAGACAUCGGUUGCCAAAGCUAAAUUCGCCCAGGAGCACCACCUAGCCGGUGUCUUCUUUUUUGAUACAACCGGUCCCACCAAUUGGACGGUCUCUGCUGUCGGCCGAGCGCUUUGA